AUGAAAUUACGGUAUUAUCAUCCAAAAUUAAAAGAACGAAUCAAAUCAUUGAUUAAUUCAUGCUCAAUCUGUCAACAAACUAAAGAUUAUGAUAAUCAAGUUAAAUUACGACAUAACAAAAUCGAUUAUUCGUCAUUGGAAAUUAACGAUACUUGGUCUAUCGAUAUUUGUGACAUGAAUUCAUCUAAACGCAAUAAUCGGUACUUGAUUGCUUGUAUUGAUUUAUCAUCGAAAUGGGUGGAAGCGUGUUCAACAAAAACAGCUACGGCUAAAAAAGUAAUAUUCUUUUUGAAUAAAGUAUUUAAAACUCGUGGUAUUCCAAAGAACAUAAUAUCUGACCGAGGUUCAAUCUUCGAAUCAACAGUAUAUAAUGAAUUUUGUGCUGAAAAAAAUAUUCAUCAAAAAUUUGCAGUACCGUAUUUGCAUCAAACUAAUGGUUCAAUUGAAAGAUUCUUCAGAUCUUUUCGCAAUAUUGUACGUUCAAUGAAAAUUGAAGAUGAAUGGGAUAAGAAGUUGAAUGAAGUAUUGAAAAUAUAUAAUAAUACGAUUCAUACUUCCACUGGUUUCACUCCAUCUCAACUCUUACAUGGUAAUCACGAAAAGUUCGAAUGUGAUAUAUCCGAUCCAAUUGAUCAAAAACUAUUUGAAAAUGAUCCCAUUAAAACAGCUAAUUGGCGUACGCAAGCUAAAAUGAAUUUGAAAAAAAAUUAUCAAUGUGAUCUGAAAUUAAAAUUUAAGAUCAACGAUUAUAUACUGAUCCGAAGAAAACAUGGUAAAAAACAACCUUGGCUAGGUCCCUUUAAGGUCGUAGAGACAAAAGGAUCUAAGUUAUAUGUAAUUGCAGGUCAAAAUCAGAAAAAACUUAUUGUUCAUAACAAUCAAAUGAAGUUGUACAUUAAUGAUUGUACUGAUUCUGAUUUAAUUAAUGUUCCAUCUAGAGGAAGACCAAGAGAGCUCGACUGAAAAAGGGGUGUAACGAGGUCUAUGAAUGUCUCUCUUCUUGGUCUCAAGUCAGGUGAUUUUGUUUUAGAGCUCACCAAUUGUUGUACGAUUGAUGAGUUUAGUUGUAUUGAUAUUGUCUCCGCGUUUCUUUUAAAAAUAUUAUGAUAAAUAAAAUUCGUUGAUUAAAAUAUUCCUGCGUCCAAUUUAUGCCUAACGUGCAUCCUCUCGGUUUCAACGUUUAUUACAAUUGGAAU